GGCAGCAGCAGAAGCCCGGCGCGGGCUUGUGGGCUGCGGCCUCCCUUCGUCGCCUUGUCCCCCGGCCGGGCCUCCCUCGGAGGACCAUGCCGAUCCUGCUCUUCCUCAUCGACACGUCCGCCUCCAUGAACCAGCGGGCCUACCUGGGCACCAGCUACCUGGACGUGGCCAAGGGCGCCGUCGAGCUCUUCAUGAAGCUGCGCGCCCGCGACCCGGCCAGCCGCGGUGACAGGUACAUGCUGGUCACCUUCGACGAAGCGCCCUAUUGCAUCAAGGCUGGAUGGAAGGAGAACCAUGCCACUUUUAUGAACGAACUGAAAAAUCUGCAAGCGUCGGGACUGACCACCCUUGGACAGGCCCUUCGAUCCUCGUUUGAUUUGCUCAACCUCAACAGAUUGGUGUCUGGAAUAGAUAACUAUGGACAGGGAAGGAACCCAUUCUUUUUAGAGCCCUCAAUUUUAAUUACUAUCACAGAUGGAAACAAGUUGACAAAUGCGGCUGGCGUGCAGGAGGAGCUUCAUCUUCCUCUGAAUUCUCCCCUGCCUGGAAGUGAGUUAACCAAAGAACCGUUUCGCUGGGAUCAGAGGCUGUUUGCUCUUGUGCUGCGCUUACCUGGAGCCUCUUCAGUGGAGCCCGAACAGCUAGGAAGCGUCCCGACAGAUGAGUCUGCCAUUACACAGAUGUGUGAAGUCACAGGAGGACGUUCCUAUUGUGUUCGGACUCAGAGGAUGCUGAACCAGUGUUUAGAAUCUCUUGCUCAGAAAGUUCAGAGUGGUGUUGUCAUAAACUUUGAGAAAUCGGGACCUGAUCCACCCUACAUUGGGGAAGAUGGACUUGUUGAUGUCACCAGACCUAUCAAUUCUUUUGGUUCUCAGCCAUGGCACAGCUGUCAUAAGCUCAUCUAUGUGAGGCCUAAUCCUAAAACGGGCGUUCCUGUUGGGCAUUGGCCAAUUCCAGAAUCCUUUUGGCCUGAUCAAAAUUCACCAACACUGCCUCCCCGCACAGCCCACCCAGUGGUGAGGUUCUCCUGCAUGGAUUGCGAACCCAUGGUUAUUGACAAGCUUCCCUUUGACAAGUACGAGCUCGAACCAUCACCUCUAACGCAGUACAUCUUGGAGCGGAAGUCACCUAUUGUGUGCUGGCAGGUGUUUGUGAGCACCAGCGGCAAGUACAGCGAACUGGGCCACCCCUUUGGAUACCUGAAAGCCAGCACCACUCUGACGUGCGUCAACCUCUUUGUCAUGCCGUACAACUACCCCGUCCUUCUCCCCCUGCUAGACGACUUUUUCAAGGUUCACAAACUGAAGCCCAAUCCGAAGUGGCGGCAAUCUUUGGACAACUACUUAAAAACCAUGCCUCCCUACUACUUGUUGCCGUUAAAGAAAGCCCUAAGGAUGAUGGGAGCUCCAAAUCUGAUAUCAGAUAAUUUAGAUUGUGGACUUAGUUACAGUGUUAUCUCUUACCUUAAAAAACUCAGCCAACAGACGAAAAUCGAGUCAGAGCGGAUCAUAGGUUCGGUGGGCAAGAAAGUGCCGCAGGAGACGGGCAUUAAAGUGAAGAACCACUCUAGCGGCCUCUCCCCUAUCCAGAACAGGGAUUUCAAACAGCUGCUCCGAGAGAUCUCGGGGGAAUCUCCGCUCAGGCUGUCCGAAACAAGCGCAAAGGAAUUUGCCGGAUUCCACAUAGGGCUCUUCAACAAGGAUCUGAAGCCACAGGCUUACAGGAAUGCUUACGAUAUUCCUCGCCGCAGCCUUUUAGACCAGCUGACCCGCAUGAGGACGAACCUGCUGAAAACACACAAGCUCAUUCUUGGCCAAGACGAAGACUGCCUUCAUAGUGUCCCUGUGGCUCAGAUGGGGAACUACCAGGAAUAUCUCAAGAUGAUGCCCCCUCCACUACGAGAAAUUGACCCAGAUCAGCCCAAAAGACUGCAUACUUUUGGGAACCCUUUCAAGCAGGAUAAGAAGGGCAUGAUGAUUGAUGAAGCAGACGAGUUCGUCGCUGGUCCUCAGAACAAAAUCAAGCGCCCAGGAGAGCCCAACACGCCAGCUUCUCUGAAAAGGAGGCGCAGUAUGUCCCCACUGCUGAGGCGGCCCCAGUCUCCACCAGCGAUAGCCAACCAUAUCAGUGGGAAGGGGCCCCCUUCUGCUUCAGGGACGUCAGCCAACACCACCCUCAAAGCCAUGCCAGCUUUCAAUGAUGCAAAUAGCAAUGCGGUCCUGGAUGGCAACGGUGAGAAGAAAGCUGAACACUUCCAGUCCCUGGACAAGCAGGGAGAUGGGCUGCCUAUGCCCAUGAUGGCCUUGAUCCCCCUGCCCCCAGCAGCCCUGAUGGAUGAUGACCUGCCCGGCGAGGUGGACUCCCUGCCCGGCGAGCUGAAUUGCCUCGGGGAAGACGGAUUGGACCUCAGGCCUGUCGCCAGCUCCCUGCUUCGCAGACCUGUCAGCUACAGUGUGUCUUCAGGGGACCCAAAACUCCUACCGGGAUCCGCACCCGGGACCGUGUCCCAUUCGGUGAAAAUCACGCCCAGCAUGUUCGAAGGGAGCAACGAAGUGAUCAAAAUCAAAGUGAUGAAGGAGGUCCGGAAACCCGGGAGAAAUUUUGAAAAGAUUUUCUCUCUCCUUGAAGAAGUUCAAGGCCCUGUUGAAAUUCAAAAAUAUUUCAUUGAAUUUGCUAUCAAGGAAGCAGCAAGGUUUAAAAAACGGGUGUUAAUUCAGCACUUAGAGAGAAUACUAGAGGAAAUAGAGUUCAACAGCCUGCACAACAGAGUUAAUCAUGUCAACAGUAGAUAAUUGUGCCCCAGCAAGAUGAGUACAUGGGCCAGGGAGAACAAGUUUGCUGUGUUGAAGAGGAGCUGAAGAGGACGUAGCAGCAGCUGCCCCUGGCAGUCAGGCGGCUUUUCUGUUGGAAUCUGAGAAGAAGGGUGGAGUUUUUUACAUUUGCAAGCCUCUCUCAAUGGAAACUGGGCUGUGACCUUAAUGGAUUUGCUGCAGGGGGUCUGGCGCCCUCCCUCCCCACCUCACAUUGAAGGGCCCAAUCUGCUCAGUGGGCUGAAGAAAAACACUCAGUGCUGCCCUCUGCUGCAGGUGACGAGAAUUUACUCAUUUGAACCUUUGUUCUAAGACACUUUUUAAAGAGCUGCUUUAGGCAGCAGGUCGAAUCUGGUAAAACAAAAAUGCAUACGUUUUAUCUGCGCUUGUGUUGGAGAGAGCCUUUGUUCAAAAAGGAAAAAAAAGAGGAGAGAGAGAAAUCCCUUCGUGAUGGUAGUGCAUGUUGCUGCUACAGACACGAAGGCAAAAGUUUCUGAGAACUGGCAGCCGACCCAGGCAUGAGUUUUCAGGGUAUCAUUGAAUUUGAGAGUAAAGCAGCUGCUGAAACUGGGUUGAGGAAAAGUGGUCAAGAGCCCUGUGACUGCUGCUCCUGGUAGCCACUAAGCAACCUACCUCAGCCUCUCUUCUCUUUUGUCUGCAGACUUUAUGAAAGCGCGUGCCUGAGGCUCCCCAGGUCCUGACUUCAGUUCUCUUUCAUCUUGUGAGGAGGAUGGAGACUCUUCACGUGGACUUGGCCUUGGAAGCACUUAGAAGGAAACUUUGGGGUUUUUAAAAAACAAACAAACAAAAACAAUCCCUGUC